GUUUUAUUACAUUGUUUUUGUUGACGUUCGGAAUUUUUGCAUCAGAGGCGUAAAAUCCUUUUUUAUAGAAAAUACAUUAAAUUUUCAAUUGGGGAGAUAAAUUUGUGUCCUGUAGAUGCACCGUAAUACACUUGUAAACAGCGAAAAAUAAGACAUUUUUUGUGUUUGCUGGAAGAAACGAUACGCACAAACAAAGCGUUUUGGACCAAAACAAGGUCGAAAUAUCUACGAAAGCAUUCCUGGAAAGGCGAUAGUGUGAUAGUAGCUAUUCGGAACGGUUCCGAAUACAUAUAUACUGACAUUUUAGGUUUGCAAAAUCAGUCGUGAAACCCUGUGCGAGCGUUAUUAGUAUGACCGUGGUGUACCCUAGAAAAAUGCUAUCGCGUUUCCAUCCCUACCACGGCCAAAACAUUAUCCUUUUCGACGAAAACACUGUCGCAUAUCGAAAGGCUAGUUUUGGAAAUGCACUCACGUUUAGCGAGAAACCACUGCAGCCAGGAGAGAUUUUUCUGUUGGAGAUUGAGAAAAAUGAACGUGGUUGGAGUGGACAUAUGAGGCUUGGUUUAACACAAUUGGAUAUACAGCCUGCUUCCACGCUGCAGUACGCUCUUCCGGACCUUGCCAAUCUUGGGUCCAGCUGGGUUUUCCCAAUAACACGAUCCGUUGGAAAUGCCGCGUCAAAGAGUAGCAUACUUGGCGAUGGUAUAAAUGUUAAAACUACUCGCGGUGUCUUUCCCCGCAGUUUACUGCGACCCAUUUCACAGGACGGUGCAAGUGCAGAUAUUCUUCCUACGGACACAAACUCACGCAUUGGAAUCGUUUUUGUUCCGACACCAAACGAAACCGACAAAGCAGAGAUGCACUUUAUUAUAAAUGGCGAGGAUCAAGGUCCUUGUACGCAAGACAUUCCCUACACCAAAGGAGCGCUUCAUGUUGUAAUCGAUGUCUACGGUACUACUAAACAAGUGAAAAUAAUUCAACUGUAUGGAAUUUCAACGCUUCAGAGCGCCUGCCGGGAUGUAAUUUUAACUAGGGUAUCCAAACCUACUAUCCGUUUGUUGCCGUUGCCGGAAAGUCUAAAAGAAUAUCUGUUGCAGUAUGGACCGUGAGCUUUCUUUUUAAUUUUCGCAGCAUAAUCUGCACUUCGUGUUGUUUUUUGAAACUAGAGUUCUUUGUGCUCAUUUCCAUUAUUCUAUGCUACUUAUUCCGUUGUCCCUACUUGUGUCGGGUUCCGGCCACUCCUUUUGAUCUGGUUAAAUGCAAUUUGCGAAUGAUGGCAUACAGCUUAAUUUGUGAUAUAGAUAAAUCCAUCUGAGGGAUCAUUUGUAUUCUCGUUGCUGGCAGAUUCUGAAAAAUUAUCAAUUUAUUAACUAAGGGAUGCUAAUUACUAUUACACUUACGAGAGGUCAUAAAUAUAUACAAUAAAUAAUUGACUGUA